AAGACUGAGAGCGUGGGAGGGUGGAAGGGGCCCUCCCUCCCGACAAAUGUUUUUAUAGAUCCACUCCUUCAUAACCCAACUCUUUCCCAGCCUUGCGCAGAUGGCCAAAGUGUCCAAAUGGGAGCCUGAAUGUGUUCAAACGGGCGGCAUGAGACGGGGUGAUAGUUCAUUAGUCAUUUAAGCCACAGAUGACCUCUAGAUUCAUUUUAAUAAAUAGUUAAAGUUAGAUCACCCAGGAAAAAAACAGUUAUAUGCCGGUCUGUGCGCGCGCUCCACGCUUGCGCUGGUGAUGCCAUGCCGCGCAGUCACACCGGCGACGAGAGCAGCGGCACCGGGAUCUGGCUGCAGACCUCUGCUGGGAGCCGGACGCUGGAGCACCCGAUGAAAGAUGUGGAGUCCGGACGGAGGAAAAUGAAUAACGCGGUGAGGGCGGGAGACGGUCUGCUGUCUCCCCCCGCAGCAGGUGCGGCGGCAGCGGCGGCGGAGAGGAACCAGGGCGCCCGGCUCAGCCUGCUGGGGAAGCCGCUGACCUACAGCUCUCAGAGCUGCCGCAGGAACGCGCGCUACCGGCGGCUCCAGAAUUACCUGUACAAUGUUCUGGAGAGACCCAGGGAGUGGGCUUUUAUCUACCACGCUUUUGUUUUUAUCCUGGUGUUUGGCUGUCUGGUCCUCUCUGUGUAUUCCACCAUCCCUGCUCACCAGGAAUUCUCCUCUCACUGCCUGCUCAUCCUGGAGUUUGUGAUGAUUGUAGUAUUUGGCCUUGAGUACAUCAUCAGGAUAUGGAGUGCUGGCUGCUGCUGUCGGUACCGAGGCUGGCAGGGACGCCUCCGCUUUGCCAGGAAACCCUUCUGUGUAAUAGACAUCAUCGUACUUAUCACCUCGGUUGCUGUGGUUUCAGCUGGUAGCCAGGGCAACGUCUUUGCCACCUCUGCGCUGCGUAGCCUUCGCUUCCUUCAGAUCCUGCGCAUGGUGCGCAUGGACCGCAGGGGAGGGACCUGGAAACUGCUGGGAUCUGUAGUUUAUGCACAUAGCAAGGAGCUGGUGACUGCUUGGUAUAUAGGGUUCCUCGUGCUUAUCUUCUCCUCCUUCUUGGUCUAUCUGGUGGAGAAAGAGUUUAACAAGGAGUUUGACACGUAUGCUGAUGCGCUGUGGUGGGGGACGAUUACCUUAACAACUAUUGGCUAUGGUGAUAAGACCCCGCAGACGUGGACUGGACGGUUGUUGUCGGCUGGUUUUGCUCUGCUUGGGAUCUCCUUCUUUGCCCUGCCAGCUGGCAUACUGGGUUCGGGUUUUGCACUGAAGGUGCAGGAGCAGCAUCGGCAGAAGCACUUUGAAAAACGUCGGAAUCCAGCCGCCAGCCUUAUACAGUGUGUCUGGCGUAGUUAUGCUGCUGAUGAGAACUCGGUUUCUAUUGCUACCUGGAAGCCUCAUUUGAAGGCGUUGCAUACCUGCAGCCCUGCCAAGAAAGAGCAGGGAGAGACUACCUCCAGUAAGGGUCUAACUAAUUGGGGACGCUUCAGAAAGUGUUCUCGGAAAUAUAGGAGUCAAAAACUGAGUUUCAAGGAGCGAGUCCGAAUGGCAAGUCCUCGUGGUCAAAGCAUGAAGAGUAGGCAGACAUCCAUCAAUGAUCGCCAGCGCUGUUCCCCUGGCAACGAGGUGGUGGGCAGUAAUGAGCUGAUGGGUGGGAGCCCAGCCAAAGUGCAGAAAAGCUGGAGCUUCAACGAUCGGACACGUUUUAGGCCAUCGCUGAGGCUGAAGAGUCAAAACCGCACAGCUGCUCCAGAGGUAGACACAGGCAUGACCACAGAUGAUUCCUUUGAUGAGAAAGGUUGCCAUUGUGACGUAACUAUUGAGGAUCUUUCCGCUCCCUUGAAGGUUGUCAUCAGAGCUGUCAGGAUCAUGAAAUUUCAUGUUGCUAAGAAGAAGUUUAAGGAGACUCUGCGUCCAUAUGAUGUGAAGGAUGUUAUUGAGCAGUAUUCUGCUGGACACCUGGACAUGCUCUGCCGCAUCAAGAGCCUUCAGACAAGACUGGAUUCAGUAGUGGGCCCCCCUCCAAGGCCAUUAAGAGGCCGUGUCAAGACGUUUUCUUCUCCCUCUCUGCAUUUAAGUUACAGCCAGACCCGGAGGAAACAGUCAGCUGCUGGGGUGGAUCAGAUUCUGGGAAAAGGGCAGAUUGCUGUGGAUAAGAAACCAAGAGACAAACUGCACCACGAUGGAGACUCUUUGGAGGGCAUGAGUAUGCUUGGACGCGUGUGUAAAGUAGAACGACAGGUUUCCUCUAUCGAAACCAAGUUGGAUUCUUUGCUUGACGUUUACCGCCAAGUUCUACAGAAAGGUCCCUCAGGGCUCUCCCUCUCCUCUCUGCCUCUGUUUGAGCUGGAUAAUCACCAGCACCACAACCUAGACUACCCAUCCUCCCCCCAGAGGGGCGAUAACGUUAGAGUUCGAGGAGACAAUGGAGGCGGCGGGAUACACCGUUCACAUAGCGCCAACCCAAGAGGCUUGCGGCUCAUCCUGCCACCCGCUGACGAUGACGGCCCUCCGGACUCUGCGCCUCCAUCUUACCCACCCUCCACCGCCUCUCUGUCCCCUUCCCCUCUGCUACCCCCAGACAGCCCUUACCCAACCCUCAACACCCCUUCCAAAAAGCCCCACUUUCCAGAUCUACCACCUCCACCAUCAUCAAGUGGGAGUUUUACCCUCCAGCUUCCCCCUGUGGUACGCCCAUCAAACCUCCGAUGCCCCGCCGACCCAGUCUCAGAUCAUUUGAGAGAUGAAGUAGGAGCAGAUGAGCAAAGUCUGGGCCCUACUGUUGUUGUAGGAUGUAGUGCUGAGGAUGAUGCUGAUGGGGGCAGGGAGGCAGAGUUUGCUCCAGGUAAGGUGCAGCUGCGCAAGAAGUCCGGCCUGAAAUCCGAAGGAGUCUGGAGAAGGCAUUUGAGCCUUGAGGUUAACCCCUGGCUGCUGCUCUCAUCUAACUCAGAAAGGAGGUCUGCAGACUGGGCCGGCAGUCUAGGGAAAUCCCUCUCUGCGCAAAAUAUCAACCAGCCUUUAACCAAACGUGCCCCCGGCCUCUCCUCCGCACUCAACAACAGCAGCAGUAGCAGCAACGACAGCGAGCGCGGGAACGGCCAUAGCGACCUCAGCAACUGGGACGGAACAGAGCUCUUCAUUAGUGAGCGUAAGCCGACAGCUUAUAACUUUCUGUCCCAAGGACCGGACAGCAGCCAGUCUGACAUUUUACAAACAGAAGAGGAGGAUGUACCUCUUUCAAAGGGAAACUCUGAGUUCCUCAGUCAAUCUUCACACUUACAGCUGGUGUGAGCACAAACCGCAAACUGUAUGUAUACACAAUUCUGUGGCCAACGCCACUUUUAAAGGUAUUUAUAUAGGGCACCAUGCAGAUGCUCUGAAUUUUAGAAUUUAUACAUCUACAAACAAUGUUUUUUUUUUUUAGACCUUGUGUUACAUGAUUAUGAUCAUUUACAUACCAGUUAUAUCCACCAACACCCUUUUAUGUGGCACCUAAAUGUUUGCAUCCAGUAGGAUAAAAGAAUGUGCGACUGUGAAUGCCAACAGCUGUGUUUAUGUUACACACAUACACACAGAUAAGUUAUUUUUUGUUAAAAUAAGUGCACUUGUUCUUGGAUUGAGGAGGUAAAAAAGACAUUUUACCAAUGGAAAAAGACAAUUAAUACUUAAAAUAAGAAAAAAUAAUUGCAUUGUCUUACUUCAAGUGCAUAUUAUCUAAUUAUCUUAUUUUAAGAGUUAAACUACUCGUUCCAUUGGUAAUCUAUCUCAUUUACAUCCUUAAAUUAAGGGUAAAUACAAUUAAUUUAAGAAAUUUUUACUUAUUUCUAGAUUGUUUUUCCAGUGCAAAAAAGGACAAAAAUUAUAUUCAGCACCUUGCAAAAUUAUAGACACUCCUUGGACCUGUAUGUGUCUGUUUCAAAUGCUUGUCAACCAAAUGUUAAUAUCAGACAUAGAGUAAAUUCAAAAAGUCACAUUUAGAUUUCAUAAGGUAAAAAAUAGCUAUCCUUUAUGAAAGUUUAACUUAAACCAGCACUGCUUGUUCUGACCCAAAAGCAACUUCCAUUGAGCAUCUGUAUCAAUAAUUUUUGCUGUGAAAGACUUCAGUUUGUUUUGUUUUUCCCGAAAUAUUUUUAUUCAGCCACAUUUGAGAGUUCAAUGUUUAAGCUCACUGUAAGGCUUUUUAGUUGGAUUUAAGUCCAGAGAUUCUUUUUGUUUUGUCGUUUCAUUCGGAAAUCAACUUCCUGGUGUGCUUUGAAUCACCAAUCUUGGAGCUUUUCUGUUGCUUAAUUUGGUGAUGCUUAAGCAAACAAACCAAGAGCCGGACAAUUCAAGUCCCAGAGCACCAGCCUACCACUACCAUGUUCAACUGUCUGUAAGAUGUUCUUUUUUUUUAACAGUCUGUUUUGUUAUUGGUUCUUUUGGGACCUCCUAGAUGAGCUGUUGAUUCACUCUUUGAGUGAAAUCAAUAAACUAAGCCCUCCUGAGAAGGUUCACUGCUCUUACCAUCAUUUAAUGGAUUUUAUUAUUGUUCACUAGAGUCCCAGAGUCUUACAGUAGAAGUUGUUUUGUAACCCUUUCCAAUCUGGUAGGUUUCACGUCUAUUCUUACAAUUCUAUAGAUGGGGACCUAAAGUGUUACUCUUUGAAUACUCUAAACAUAUUUCAUCCAGUCAAACAGGUUCUAUGUCAGUUAUUUCUGUAGGUCAAGGAGCAAUCAGCUCUGGUGGUUUGGAUUUUUUCCACAAAAAACUUGAUUAACCACACGGCUUAUUUGGCUGGAAUAGCUUUUCUCACAUAUUCAUUGAAGUCAUGCUUUUGUAUUUACUCUUAGAAUCUUUGUCUGACAUGAUUUUUUUGUUCAAUUUGAAACAUUUUUAUGGUGGUAAAAAAAAAUCUAUUAAAAGAGGAAGCAGCCUUAUCCUCUGACCAUCUUCCACACCUCUGCUGGGGAAAAUAAUCUCUGCAAUAAUCUGGCACAAUUAGUUCGUCAGAGCAUGUCAGAAACUUCUUAAUUUCAUCAUCAUGUAAAUUUUCAGUAAAAUGCAUUGAUGUUUAUGGUUAUUGUGUGAAAAAAAACUGUGAAAGAGUUAAAGGGAUGUGAAUACUUAUGCAAGGCACCUGACCUAGGAAUCUUUCAGAAGAAAAUGCACCCCCCCCCCCCCCCCUUUUUUUCUAUCAUAAUCUUACAAAAUAAGGAUUUCAGUUUUGAAAAAAAUCUGCUUCUCUUGAGGUGAGAAAAAUGACAGUAUAGAUGAUGUAAGUAAAUUAUGUGGCUCUUCACGUGUGAAUAUUUAACUUUUCUAUUAAUCAAUCUGGACCUCAACUUAAACAAAAAUGCAUGAUUUUUUUCAGUUGAAGGAGAGAAAAAGAGACAACUUAAAUAUAAAAAUAAAUUUAAAAAACUGGGUCUGCUUGAGAAAAUGUUCACCCUUAAAACUAGUGAUGAACAGAUACAAGUAUAACCAGUAAUCACGAGCACUAAAUGUGGUAGAUGAGCCAACUAGAACAAAAACUCAGACUCACUUUGUUUUGUAUAAUUGAUCAGUUUGAUCAUUUUUCUUUAGGAGAAGACAAACCAUGUUCUUUUCAUUGAUUGUUUGUCUUUAGUAUUAAAUCUCUUAAUUUCUUUCCGUACACAUAUCACUUCCUUUAACACACGUUAUCAGAAAUAUACCCUGAGAUGCAUUAAUUAUAUAAUAGUGAGACGAUAUUCUACAACUGCUUCAAGUCCCAAUGACCUCCUCCUGUGUUUGCAUCUGGUGAAUCAUGUGCUUAUAAUUUUGAUGCUGAUUUAGCAAAGACCUCCACAAUCUUGCAUGAGAAGCUGCAUGUUUGCAGCUAUUAAUAUUAGUCAAAGACACAGUUACAAGAUACAGUAUGUUUCUGCACAGUUAAGUGUUUCCCCAAAGCCUUAAAGCUAAACAUACAAACUCAUUUUUUCCUGUUUGAGCAUUUUUUUUUUUGUUCUAAUUUGGAAUAUUUUGACACUGUAUAAUUUUAUUGACAGCUUACUACAUCAACACAAGUGCAUACAACACAUCACUGGGAUCUGUGUUUCUUUUUCCUGCCAAAGACAGAGUAAAAAGCUGCUGUGCUGAUGAAAGCUUCAGUUUAAACAACAAGUGAAGGAGGUGUGUUGUUGGGAAGAAUGUGCUGUUUUUAAUGCUACAUGCAUAUUUUGUGUUUACUCUCUACCCUAAUUUUAUAUUUUUUAAUUGCAAGCGUUCAACAGUAAAAUUGUAUGCAGACGUCGAACUGAAAAAUGUAAGAAAAUUUUCAAAAAUAAGCUGAUGUCCUUUAAGAUUAACUGUAUAAAUAUGGAAAAAAUAGGGAAUUGAAAAACUGUUAAAGUGAAAUUACUGUAGGUUCACUUGCAGGCUUUAAAAAAAAUAUUUAAUGUAUUUUUUCUCUUCAAAUCUGUUUCUUAAGUGAUCCACAAAAGAUUUCAGCCAUUUUUGUUUCUUCUACAUUUUAUUUUUUAUUUUAAUUCAUUUUGUCACACUUAAAAUAUACGUUUCCAUCAAUUAUUUCCUUCAUUGAUAUUGUGAUUUUCUUUUUCUGCUUUAGUCCCUGUUCAGAAAGCAGAUUGCUAAUAAUUUAACACUGAGAGUUAUAGCAAGUAUUAUUUUCAGAAAAAUGCUAACAGUUAACAUUUAUGUGAUUUUCUUCAAUAUGCUUUCAUCCAUAAAAUAACUUGUUGUGGCAAAAAAAGAGAGAGAAAGAAAUACAUUUUCAUAUUAAACAGCACAGUUUCUAGUGAAUAGAUGGGCCUGGUGAUGUGAUAUUUGAUGUUCGUAGCUGCAUGAUUUUGGAACUGAUUUGUUGCUUUAAAAAUGUGGCUGCAUAUGGAAAACCCUACAGGCCAAAGGAAUUAUGGAUGAAAGAAAAUAAUGAGGCUGUACUUCCCAUGACAACAUGUUAUAUUUUGCAGUCUGUAAUUAUUUAAAGGUGCCUUUUCUGCUCAUAGAUUGCGUUUAUUUCCACUCACUGCCUACAACAUAUUAUAUUUGAUUGUACUGAAAUCCAACUGCUCAUUUUGGACUGGACAUCCAGUUCCAUUAAGCCAUCUGGCUUUAAGACUUUACGACUUCAAUGGCCAAAAAUUCUUAAAAACUGAUCUACGGCUUGAACAGUAAUUUAUUACACAGCUGGCCUUAAAGCUUGAUAAUGUUAACAUUAUUAUUUCUUUGAAAUUAAUUUAUUAAAGCGCACAUUAUAUUCUCUGGAUGAGAAAUGCAAAAAUGAUUUUAUUAUUCAUUAAUAAAGUAUGGAUUAACAAAA